CUGUGACCACAGCGCCCCAUCUCUGUUGGUGGCUGUCGAAGCCCUGAGACCCACCAGGACAGCUAAUGCACUGCCCACAGGCUCCCUCCCCUCGGACAGAGACCAAGGCUCAGAGGAAGAGGUGGAAAUCGUCUUUCUGAUUUUAGACACCAGGAUUGCCGGGAAGGGUGGCCGAACAGAAGUGCAGGGUGGGGGAAGGGCAGUUCAGGGCGCGCUAAUCCCAGCUUCCUGUCCCGGUGUUCCCUGACCGCCGGGCAGGGCCUAUCUGAGGGUGCUCUGGGCUACAGAAAUAGAUCCCUCCUCUCACCUGCUCUUCGGCAAAGCAGACCUUGAUACCUUCUUGCCAAAGAAUGCUUGCUUUGGUCCUUUUUCCAGGGUGAAGGACAUUAAGGGGGCAUUGCUGCUGACCGCCCCGUCCCCCCCUGACCCCCCCCCCCCCGCGCUUCUCCACCUCCGCUGAGGACAGCACAGAGGCUCACCUCGGCCCAGGAGCGGGGAGCAAAGAGCGGGGACGGGGUAGCGGGGAGUCAGGGGCCAGCCACCUGUUUCUGGCCAGGGCCCAGCCUUUUCUGUGAACUUGGUUGGCGUUUCCUUCCUCCGUCUGCUCCAGAAACCACCCUCGGACUCCGAGGGGCAGACAGCAGAUCCUCCGCCCUGCUCGCCGCCGGGCCGCCGCCGCCGGCCUGACCCCACAGAAUUCUCUGUCCUGCUUAAUUCACCGUCUUAGUCCAGUGGGCUUGGGGGCGUAAAAACAAAGUGGAGGAGCCCAGGGCCGGCUUCCCCACCACUCCCGCACUGUGUUCACUUACCGGGCACAGGCCCCCACCCUCCCACCCCCGCCCAGGCCGGGUACGGGGCUGCGCGAGGGUCGGAUUUAGGGCGAGGAGUAAGACGGUGCCCGGCCCCAGUGCAAGGGCGGGAGUGGGCGCGGGGGCGGCUGGAGGCGGACAACCGAGAGGAAAACGGGCUUCCUAGGCGUGGGGUCCUGGGGACCCCAUGUCCUAGGAGAUGGAGAGAGGGGAGCACAAAGCAGCAACUUCGGGCAAACGCCCCAGGCAGCCCAAGCCCGUGCGGCGGGACCGGCGCUUAACCAGGAAGAGGCUUUGGUGUCGCGUCGCCAAGCCCUGGGCGCCUGUCCUGCAGCCCCUCCCGUGGGCAGUCCCACCAUCGCCCCCGCAGCCCAGCCGAGUGAAGGAAGACCUGCUGGAGCUGAUGAUGCUGCAGAACGCGCAGAUGAACCAGCUGCUCCUGAGUCGCCUGGUGGCAGCAGCGCUGAACCCCUGGCCAGCUGCCUCUGGAGCGCAGGAGAGCUGUGCCGCCACCCCCACCCCCCAGUGCCACAGGGACUGUGGGUGCGGAUGUGCCCCCGGCUUCAGAUUACUACGAUGCUGAGAGCCUGCCAUGAAGACAGACACUGGCCCAGGGACCCACGCCGGCUGGCAACAACCCUGGAUACCCAAGCGCCCUUCUAGUGCUUGAAGCCAUGCCUGGCAGCCAUUCUCCAGCCUCAACCCCACCCAGACCUCCCCUCCCAGCAGAGUAGGUCUCCUCUCCAUCCGGCUCAGAUCCUGGACCAGCCCGAUCUCUCCUCUGGGGGAAGAGCUCACUGGAGCACCGUUCAAGGCCCAGGGGCCAGAGGAAAACCAACUCUGCUCUACGGCUCGGGGGCAGCUGGGAACCAGAACCCCCCUAACCCUCCAUUCCCACCCCCUCUCUGGGAAGGCCAGGGCUGUGGGGUCUCAGUCUGGCUCAGAAUGGAGCAGGUGGCGAGAAGACUGCUUUUGUGUCCACGGCUCUCUGAAGGCCAAGGGUGACGAGGGAGUGUCCUGACUGGGAGGGUCCCGGGGCUGAGCCAGUUCCCUCGGGGUCCCCACCCUCGCCCCAGCUUCCUGUUGGCCCUGUCCCGGUCCAGCUGAGAGUGGCCUGAGUUUCUGGAGGGCCAUGUGGGGACAGAGCACCUCCGCCCCACCAGGCUGGGGUGCAUCUCUUCAACGCUCCCUCAGGUGGAAUUUGUUACUCGGCGCCCAGCGAGGGUAGGUGUCAGGUGCCUGGGCAGGUCAGCACAGGAGUGCCCUGGGGCCUGGGCCGGCUGGGAAGGCCCCUGGGAAGGAGAGGGUGGAGGGACACUGAGGAGACAUCUGGGAACAGAAGUCUGGGUCUCAUGAGUGACCUUCCUGGCAGUUGAGUGUUCUCUCAGGAGGAGACAUCGAGGCACAGGGUUAAGUCCAGGUGUUUAUAU